CGUCACUCUGUGCUGCCUGCUUCUCAGUGCAGUGACAGCGCUGGUAAACAUGGCGUCUGAGGGGAUGAUUUUAACAAACCACGACCACCAAAUUCGAGUAGGAGUCCUCACAGUAAGCGACAGCUGCUUCAGAAACCUUGCUGAAGACCGCAGUGGAAUAAACCUCAAGGACCUUGUUCAUGAUCCGUCUCUGCUGGGAGGAAUCAUAUCGGCCUACAAAAUCGUGCCAGAUGAAAUAGAUGAAAUUAAGGAAACCCUGGUGGACUGGUGUGAUGAGAAGGAGCUGAAUCUGAUCCUAACUACUGGGGGGACGGGGUUUGCACCACGAGAUGUCACGCCAGAGGCCACCAAGGAAGUGAUCGAGAGGGAAGCCCCUGGAAUGGCCCUCGCCAUGCUGAUGGGAUCGCUCCAUGUCACCCCCCUAGGAAUGCUGUCCAGGCCAGUGUGUGGGAUUAGAGGGAAAACUCUCAUCAUCAACCUGCCAGGCAGCAAAAAAGGGUCACAGGAGUGCUUCCAGUUCAUUCUGCCUGCCCUACCGCACGCCAUUGAUUUACUGCGGGAUGCCAUUGUGAAAGUUAAGGAGGUCCAUGACGAGCUGGAGGACCUGCCCUCCCCCCCUCCGCCUCUCUCCCCUCCCCCCACCACCAGCCCACACAAGCAGACAGAGGACAAGGGGGUGCAGUGCGAGGAGGACGAGGAGGAGAAGAAGGACAGCGGGGUGGCGUCCACCGAAGACAGCUCGUCAUCUCAAAUCACAGCCGCCGCCAUCGCAGCCAAGAGUCACCAUGCUGAUACCAUUCCCGCUGUUGUCAUGGCAAACGGUGGACAGUCAUUUCCCGGCCUCAUCUGUCAUUCCACAUGCAGCAGCGAUGCAGGGGAACCGAUCCCCGAUUCCAUCAUCUCACGCGGAGUCCAGGUGCUCCCCAGGGACACGGCCUCUCUAAGCACCACUCCUUCAGAGUCGCCCCGCGCACAGGCCACCUCACGCCUCUCCACCGCUUCCUGUCCCACGCCAAAACAAAUUAGACUGCCGGACGAAAUCAAAGGAGUUGCUAAUAGAGUCGGAUCCCUCAAACUCCAUCGCAAGCUGGAGGAGCUCAGGGAUCACCUAGAAGGCAAUGUGAAGGGGGGCUGCUCACUCAGAGUAAAUGCUCGGCUCCCUUCCUGCUCCUCCACCUAUAGUGUUUCUGAGCUUCACUAUAGGUUGGAAGGUCUAAAAGAUGAACUGGGGACCCACAGGAGCUACGACUCGCGAGUUCAGUCAAGGUGCAGCAGUAAGGAAAAUAUCCUGAGAGCCAGUCACAGCGCAGUCGAUAUCACCAAGGUGGCCCGGAGACACCGCAUGUCGCCCUUCCCGCUCACCUCCAUGGACAAGGCCUUCAUCACCGUUCUGGAGAUGACUCCCCUGCUUGGCACCGAAAUCAUCAACUACCGAGAUGGAAUGGGCCGAGUCCUGGCACAGGAUGUGUACGCGAAGGACAACCUGCCCCCCUUCCCAGCGUCCGUCAAGGAUGGCUAUGCUGUACGAGCUGCUGAUGGGCCAGGGGAUCGUUUUAUCAUCGGGGAAUCUCAGGCUGGUGAGCAGCCCACUCACACAGUGAUGCCCGGUCAGGUGAUGCGCGUGACGACUGGCGCCCCCAUCCCCUGUGGCGCUGACGCAGUGGUGCAGGUAGAAGACACAGAGCUCCUGCGAGAAUCAGAUGACGGUACAGAGGAGCUGGAAGUGCGGAUUCUGGUUCAAGCUCGGCCAGGACAGGACAUUAGACCCAUAGGCCAUGACAUUAAGAGAGGGGAGUGCGUGCUGGCAAAAGGAACCCACAUGGGCCCCUCGGAGAUUGGUCUCCUAGCAACGGUGGGGGUCACAGAAGUGGAGGUUCAGAAAUUCCCAGUGGUGGCGGUCAUGUCAACAGGAAACGAGCUGCUGAAUCCAGAGGAUGACCUCCACCCAGGCAAGAUCCGGGACAGUAACCGGUCCACCCUCCUCGCCACCAUCCAGGAGCACGGCUACCCAACCAUCAACCUGGGCAUCGUCGGAGACAAUCCUGACGACCUUCUCAACGCUCUGAACGAGGGAAUUAGCCGCGCUGAUGUCAUCAUCACCUCAGGGGGCGUGUCUAUGGGGGAGAAGGAUUACCUGAAGCAGGUGCUGGAUAUCGACCUUCACGCUCAGAUUCACUUCGGACGAGUGUUUAUGAAACCAGGUCUCCCAACAACUUUUGCCACUGUGGACAUUGAUGGUGCUAGGAAACUAAUCUUUGCCCUACCAGGUAGUUUCAGCUUCAGGGACACAAGCUCCAUCCUCCUUGACACCUCUGUGCCACCACAGCAUGCAGAGCCGAGCAAGCAAGCCCCUGCUGCUACUCGUGGAAGUAAUCCAGUGUCUGCAGUGGUGACCUGUAAUCUCUUUGUCAUCCCAGCGCUGAGGAAGAUGCAGGGGAUCUUGGACCCCCGGCCCACUAUUAUCAAAGCCAGGUUAUCGUGUGACGUCAAACUGGACCCUCGCCCUGAAUACCACCGCUGCAUACUCACCUGGCAUCACCAAGAACCACUGCCUUGGGCACAGAGUACAGGGAACCAGGUGAGCAGUCGUCUGAUGAGCAUGCGCAGCGCAAAUGGACUGCUGAUGCUACCUCCAAAGACAGAGCAGUAUGUGGAGCUUCACAAGGGGGAGGUGGUGGACGUCAUGGUGAUAGGCCGGCUAUGAUGUCACCGGCAGGAGUGGGAGUGGCUACGGUGCAUGUCCACAUAUCAUUGACUGUAUCCUGUAAUAUGCAACGGCACAGCUAGUUUUUAUUGAUUUGGAUAAAGUUGAUCAGUAUAGUCGACAUCUUGAAGACAAAAUUAAAAUAAACAACGGGGGGGGGCGGUGGAGGGAACUAUUUCAAAGAGAGUUAAAAAAAUAUAUAAUAACUUUUAAGAAAUCUUUUAAGAAAAUAAAUACAUUAUAAAAUAAAAUAAAUUUAUUCUGUAAUAUUGAGGCAACUUUUUUCUCUUUCAUAGCAAUUGCUUUGUGUGUUCAAUGCUAGGUCUGAUAGCGGUAGCUUUUAAUAGAAACUGUAGGUGCCUGCGGAACUUGUGUUUUUUUUCUCAUCUUUAAAAAAAAAAAAAAAAAAAAAAAAAAAAAAAAAAAAAAACAACCCUGCAGAUACUUAAUGCCCUGAGCAAGGCUGUCUGCUUCCUUUAUGCUAGCUUAGGUGACGGCUAAUUCCCUUAUUAGUAUGCUUCAUAAUCGCUUCACAAAAAGCUUUGCUUGUUCUUUAUCUUGUAACUUGUGUUCAUGUGCACAGUGCCAAAAGACAAGAGGCUGCAGUGUGCGACCCAGGUGGCAACAAACCAGCUGCCAUGUUUGGGGAAGUGUCCCAGCAGCCACCUGGCUCCGCGCUGCGCAGCGACCUGAUUGGGUGACAACACUGGAAUAUCCUGUUAUUUGAAUAAAGAAACAACUUGCUUCCUUAAGUGCUGACAGCCUUUUUAACCAAUUAAUCAAAAACACACAAAAAAAAGUAAUACAAUGUACAGAAAUAACAAAAAAAAAUAAAGUGUGAUCUUGUACAGAGAAUAGUGAACCAGCAUCCAUGUGGAAAUUAACAAGCAAUGAGAGAUAUUCAACAAAUUCUGUACUAUAACGUUUUCUGUUAUGAUAUUGAAACAAAAAAAAUUACAAAUAAAAAAAUCCUUGAUCAUUA